AUGCAUCUCGGAAAAGCCCUCGCGUUCUUCUCCCUCGGCUCCGGCGCCCUUUCCUUCAAGAUUCGCGCUUUCCGCGACAAGGACUGCUCGGGCGAGGCCACUGAGAUCAAUAUCUGGGACAACACUUGCAAAGGCUCCGGUGUCCCGAAGACACAGUCCUUCCAGGUGUUGGCUUACGGAGCUCACCGUCAGCGAGCUGGGUUCUACUCGGAUGGCUCUUGCAACGCCUUCGGUCGUGAAUGGACUGAUUGGUGGGCCGAUGGUGGCAGCGACACCUUCAAGAAGGAUCGCUGCGUCAAUAUUGGCUUUGGGGCGUACUCCAUGGGCUCGCGUUCAGCUUAG